AUGAUCGAAUUCCGCACUCCAAAGUACAUUUGUUUAAAAAAAAUUGAUCCUCCAGUCAUCAGAUAUCAACCUCGCACAAUGUUUGUUAAGGUUUAGCAUUUGUUACAGACAAGAGAGAGUGUUGACACAUCCUUGACUUUAAGCUAAACAGAUGCAAAAAUGCAGUCUUAGCAAUCAGAAAUCAGCAAUCUCAGCACAUUUUAUUAAAGUUCCGAUCAAGCUAAAGAGAACAAAGAAUAACCAAUUAUUGAUGUAGUACUUAAAAAAACCAAUUCUUUCCAUCUAAAUUCUAAGAUGAGAAGUAACAAUAAAAUCUCAAGAGUCUCUAAGAAUCAAUUAAUGGAUGUGCUUUAAGAAAUAACAUCUCCAACAUAGACUAGGCGUAAACAGUAGGUUGUGAACAGGGAAUGGGAGUAUUCAUAUAGAAAAUAACAAGGGAAUAGUACAUUUUUCUAAUCAAUGGAUUCAACUAAUGAAUAGGCAACAGCGUUACCGAAAUCCAGAAGCUUCAGUGUGAGAUAAUCAACUCAACAAUAAUCAUAAUAAUUGAAGGAAAUGAUUGACAAAGCAAUUGAAAAUACAAAAACUUUUGAUGAGUACCUAUUAAGUCUAGUAAGAUGA